AAUUUCUCUUAGCUCCUUCCUGUUCCUCCCGCUGCAUUCUUCUACUUAUUCCAGUCACCACAAAAUGUCUAACAUUCAAAGCUUUGAAGAAGCCAGCAGGAGAGCUGCAAAUCUGAUACAGGAUGCUGUUGAGUGUCUCAUUCCUUUAGUACUUGAGAAAAAGUCCUCUGACUCUCAUGUGACCUCAAAACAGUUAAUGAACGUCAGUGCAAUCCCUUUAAAUGAUCAUCCUCUUCGCAUGCUGAACUCCCAGCCAAGCACCUCAUCUCUUCUUGGCCCUCACAUAGUUUCUGCUCCGCCUCAACUUUGCACUGGACAAUCAAGAGAAGAUAUGAUCCAGUCCAGGAUGUCUGCCUUAUUUAGGCCAUAUCCCCAAAAAAUUGGAUCCAAAAGAAAUGGCUUAAAAAGACAGUAUCAGACACCAUGGUCUCAUGACUUUUUUUGCCUCUCUGAUCCCGAGUCAGACAUGUCUCCAUCUCUAGAGGAGUAUUGCACUCUCCAGAAUAUGGGCUUGGGAAGAAGAAAAGUGACCUUCCCAAAUAACAAUGGGACACACAAAGAUUUCGUUGAAGGUCUCUUCAACGCAUACCCUCAGCUGGCUGAUGCAGGGGGCUUUAAGCUGAUGCGUUGUGGACGGAAUAGAGUAUUGGUUGACAUAGCAAUGCCCUCCUCAGGAUACAGUGUCAGAUAUUUAAGGUUGGAGAGUGGCCUGAACAAGGCCUUAGCCUACAUUGUGCCACUUCAAAGGAAGCUUGUGGACAUUGAGGAGUGUAAACCAAACGAUUCGGUAAGUGUUAGAAACUUUUAA